AUGAGGGAAGAAACCAAUGAUGAACCAUGUGAUCCUCCUUCUCUUAGUCUGGUAGUUGAUACUGAGACACCUACUUUUUCCAAGGAUAGAGCACUUCCCCAUUAUGUUGCUACAGCUCUUUACCCUAAAGCUCUUCAUGCACCCAUUAAAUCUAAUAAGGAGACCACCACUGAGUCCAUCAUGGACACAUUUAGACAAGUUAAGGCCAACAUCCCUCUUUUAGAUGUUAUCAAGCAAGUACCUGCAUAUGUCAAGUUCCUCAAGAACCUGUGCAUACAGAACCGAAAGUUAAGGGUGCACAUGAACAAACAAGUUAAGCUAGUUGAGCAUAUGAGCUCAAUUCUGUUAGGUCACUUUCCUCCUAAACUAAAAGACCCCGAAGCUCCAACCAUCUCAUGUGUAAUUGGUGAUUACAUGAUUGAUAGGGCUCUUUUAGAUUUAGGGGCAAGUUUGAACCUUCUUCUGUACUUGGUCUUUAAGAAAGUCAACUUAGGAGGGCUGAAGCCCACCCCAGUCACCUUGAAUUUUUCCAAUCAAUCAGUAAAAAGGCCCUGGAUUGUGAAAGAGGAUGCCUUGGUCAAGGUCAAUGAGUUUUACUAUCCUAUUGACUUCAUUGUCUUAGAUAUGAAACCUUCAGACCCAACCAAGGACCCAAUACCUAUCCUAUUAGAACAACCAUUCUUAGUCAUGGCUAACGCCUGCAUUCAAUGUAAGACUGGGAUUAUGAACUUUUCCCUUGGCAACAUGCAACUCUGGCUAAAUGUAUUCUACGCUUUCCAACAUCCACCUGAUCACAUUCAAGUUAUGGACAUUGACAUGAUUGAAGAAUGUGUUGAGGAAGUGGCUCCUCAAUUAUGUGGAGGCACCCUUUAG